UUCCUCCCCCACCCCGCCUUUCCGAUGCUUCUCAGUUCCUUCCCUCCCGCGCCGCCGUUAUUUUACAACUUUUAAAGAUGCUGUUGAGUGAGUUUCGUCCCGAAGGCAGAAGUUGCCGCUUCUGACCUAUGCCAGGAAAUGUACCCACAACAAAAUCCUGGAAAUCAAAGAGAAACAAGGGGCGGAAGAGCGCCAUUGCAGCUCGGAAUCUGGGAAGGUAUUUAACGCCGUGGAGCCGGGAACCCAAAGCUUGAGAGGAAGGCAAGCAUUCACAAAGCGCUGUACCAUGGCUUUGUCCUGCAGAAGCUGGCUGUCCAACGAGGGCGGAAAACAUCUGUUUUUGCUUUUCUGGUUGGCGGUGAACGUGGUGCUGUUUUGGAAAACCUUUACGCUUUAUUACUACGGUACACAGUAUUAUUACUUGCAUCGGAUGCUUGGGCUAGGAUUAUGCAUUAGCAGAGCUUCUGCUUCAGUCCUGAAUAUGAAUUGCAGUCUUGUCCUGCUGCCCAUGUGUCGUACUUUACUGGCAUUUCUGCGAGGAUCACAGAAGGUAAUGAGCAGAAAAGCACGAAGAUUAUUGGAUAAAAGUAAAACGUUUCAUGUAACGUGUGGUUUUACUAUAUGUUUAUUUUCAGUAGUCCAUGUUGCAGCUCACAUGGUCAAUGCCCUGAACUUUUCUUUGUGCUACAGUGAAGACUUUCCAGCUCUCAAUGUCGCUCACUAUCAGGAUGAGGAUCCCAGGAAGAUUCUCUUCACAACACUUCCAGGAGUAACUGGAUUUUUCAUGGUACUGGUGCUUUUCCUUAUGUGUACAUCUUCAUCAUAUUCGUUAAGGUUUUCCAACUUUGAUAUCUUUUGGUAUAUACAUAACCUCUUCAUAGUAUUCUACAUUUUACUUCUGCUUCAUGUGACUGGAGGCAUGUUGAAAUAUCAGGCAAAUUUGGAUCAACAUCCACCUGGCUGCAUUAACCCGAAUAAAACAUUAAUCGAUGAUUUGCCUGUGACAGAAUGUCCUACAGAGCAAUUUAUAGAAGUCGAUACUGAGUCAGAACCUGGGAUGGAGAACAACUCCAAAAAAGUCUGCGGUGAAGCUCCAAAAUUUCAGUCUAAUUUACAGGAGACAUGGUUUUGGGUGACUGGACCUCUCUGUCUUUAUUGUGCAGAAAGGCUGUAUAGAUACAUUCGGAGCAGCAAACCAGUCACCAUUGUGUCUGUGAAUUCUUAUCCCUGUGAUGUAAUAGAAUUACGAAUGCUGAAAGAAAACUUCAGAGCAAGGCCUGGUCAGUAUAUUGUUCUGCACUGUCCGAGUGUAUCAACAUUUGAGAGCCAUCCCUUUACCCUCACAACAAGCCCUACAGAAAAUCGAGGAACAUUUGGUAUCCAUAUACGUGUUCUAGGAGAUUGGACAGAAAGAUUUAGGGAACUGCUGCUACCCGAACCAAAUUUGGAUGCAGAAAUACUGCCCAUACUACAGCAGAGAAAUUACCCAAAAUUAUAUAUUGAUGGUCCAUUUGGGAGUCCAUCAGAGGAAGUCUUUAACUAUGAGGUUAGCCUUUGUGUGGCCGGUGGUAUUGGAGUGACCCCUUUUGCUUCAGUUCUAAACACACUAUUAAAUGAUUGGAAACAGUAUAAGCUCAGACGACUUUACUUUAUUUGGAUAUGUAGGGAAAUUCAGUCUUUUUUCUGGUUUGCAGAUCUGCUGUGCAUUUUACAUGACAAGCUUUGGCAGGAGAACCGACCGGACUACUUAAACAUUCAGUUGUACCUCAGUCAAACAAAUGGAAUACAGAAUUUAAAUGGAGAAAAAUAUCAAGCUCUGAAUUCGAGGCUUAUUAUUGGAAAACCUCGUUUGAAACUUCUGUUUGGAGAAAUAGCCAAGUGCAAUAGACAAAAAUGUGUUGGCGUUUUUUGCUGCGGGCCUAACAAGCUCUCCAAGGAACUGCACAAGCUUAGCAACAAAACCAGUUCACACGGAACAAAAUUUGAGUACAACAAAGAAUCGUUCUCAUGAAGAUCAAUAAGGAAAAGAAAAUUAGCUGUGAAAAUGUGAAGUGCAAUUAUUAAUUGACAUGAUAAUUAGCAGGAUGUGCCUUAUACAAUCCCUAGUCACCAAAGAGUGAACAUAUUGAAUCAAUGCCAAUUCAGUAGUUGGUGUGGCAGAGGUACCAGUUUAUGUCUAGGGUUUGUCAAUGUCAGUUUAUCAAUUUGGUAUUUUUUCAAUAUCAGUGAGUGAAUACCAGCUAUUUUAUUUCUGUUAGAACAAUUUAAUGGAAGGUUUGAAGUGUUGUUGCUGUUUUCAUAAAUCUAUUUCUUAUACAAGAAUUUACAUGUAGCAGCAGAACUCAAGUCUGACAUAUGGUGAUGGGAAAAUUGGAUGUUGUACUCUGAAAUGUCAAAACAGUCCAUGCUUCUGUGCAUCAAUUACUUCCCCAUACUAUCUUAAUUAGUGUAGUUUGCUGUAACUGGCUGAGAAGAAAAGUGCCUUUACAUCAUUUAUACUUCCAAGAACUGGAUAUUAAAGCAUAUUUAUUGUAUUAAUAAGGUGGCUGGAAGUAAAGAUUUCUUAUUCUCAAAAUCUAUGACAUUAUCAUGAUAAUACACUUGUAAGUGUGGUACUUAUUAAGUGUCACUGGAUUUUAAACAUUGACUUUGCUUUCUCCCCACAGAUGUUGCCUCAUUUUUGUUUCAGAUGUCCAGCAUCUGCCUUUUUUUAUAUAAUGCAGAUUUGGUUUGUUGCAAUCAGACCGGGUAGAUUCCAAUAUUACUGAAUCCUGUCAAUACAAAUUGUGCUUCCUGAAGAAUAAUCAGAAGGUUGGUGAUUUAAAAGCUUGAGCCAGUGAAAAUUUUGAAUAACAUUUGCUCUCUUAAUUUACUACAUCAGACCCAACAGCUUUGUACUACAGUUUUGCCAACAAAGAUUUUUGGAAGUAUUAUGAAUAUGUAGAAGCAGUGAUCAUAUUGUAGUGCAUCACUUUAAUGCACUAACAUCCUGUGCCAGACAGUGUUGAAUUAUAGACUGUUCCAGAAUAUUUAUAUCUAAGCUGUCAGUCAUAUACAGAGAAGCAAAAAUCUUAAAAUGGAAAGAGAAAGACAGCCUGACCUGCUGCUGCGCAAAUCCUGUUCAUUGGUUUACUGACAGUUUUUGGCAGAGAUCUUGAAAUGGGUUUUCUGAAUAGUCUUUUGGUAGACGUCUGAUGUUAGGAGACCUAGGGAAUAACUAUGGGAAAAAAUCUUUGUCAACAAAUUUCUAACCAUUCAAUGCCAGAAAGAGCCAUCUCACUUUUUUCAAUUUAAUUUUUUAAGUCCUUCAGCUUUUAUCAUUGUACAACCAAAACUGAGUAUUCGGCUUGCUUGUUUCAACACUAAAUUCACAGGGGACUGUCGUUAACAUUUGUGCUGAGCUAAAGUGUCUGUGUCGCUUAUAACACAUACAAUGAUCUGAUUGGUAGGACAAAUACUUCACAACCUGCAUUCUUUCUUCUAACUUAACUUAGAUCCUUACAACAAUAUCUACCCUGAACACAAUUCUGGAAGGAAUUUUUUUGUACAGCUACAGAGAUUACCACUUCCUCACCAUCUGAGAAUUGGAUGAAGUAAAAUAAAUCCAGUUUCUCUCUGAUGGAAACCAUGUUGUGUUAUAAUUUUUAUUUUAUCAGCACAACGCCAGUCAGUUCAUAGCUGAAGCCCAGUAGGGAAUUUAGUUGGUAGAUUGUUUACAAUUUCUCAAAUCUGUCAAGUGUCAAAUAAAGAUGAGCCCAGCACCAAAAAGUUAACAUUUUGGCUUUCUAAUCAGAUUUUGCCACAUUAGGUAGUUUUGGCUACAAAGCAUGAUAUCUAAUCAUCCUAAUAAUAAUUACCAUUGUGCAUUUUUAUAUUGCUGGUCCUUUUUGAAUUAUUCAGAAGUCAAUGGCAAAGAGGUUUUGGGAGCCAAAUUUUAGUAAUAUCCAUGUAUAAUUUUAAAUUAAAACAUUUAAUUAGCCCUCACAAUAAUCCAAAACUACAUGAUUAAUUAAUAUUGGUUGAGAAACAUGACCAAAUGUUUCCUCUGACUAGUUAGAGAAUCUCACUCUAUGAGCAGUGCUUUGUAUAUCACAAUAUAUAGUCACAAUGGUGUAGCGGAUCUUUUCUGGAUUUUCCUAUUAAGAUUUUUAUCCAACUUAGCAAAAUUGAUAGUAAAAAAGUAUUUUUCUACAUUAGACCUUGUAUUCAUUCCACUUCCACACCAAUUCUGUGUAAUAUUUAUGUUUUUACUCACCUGGCAUUAUUUCAGAUCUGCAUGUUAUUCUGUGAGUAGAAUGAGUAGGCAGUAAGUAUUGUAAUGAACCACAAUUCUUUAAGCAUUGAAGGUAAUUGGGCAGAACUAACAUUUGUUAGUAUAUCUUUCAAUGAUGGUUGGUUAGUUGUUGCACAUGCAUUGAUUUGUACUCUCUACCUGAGUAAUAGUUAUUAAAGUGUUAACAUACAAAGUAUAUAAUAAUCACAGUACAUCCUUAUAAUUUCAGGGCAGGAGGCAACAAGGCCAAAACAUAGCUAUGGAUGUUAAACUUCAGUGAAAGUUGUAAAACUAAGCAUGAACAUAAGAUCUCCAGGGAUAUUAGAAUGAUAGAAUAGAAUGCAAAUCUGCCCAAAAGGGAAAUAUAAAGGAAUAAAUUGAGAAUGACUGAAUGACAAUGAACAAAUACAUGGCAAAGUCCCUGAAAAAAAUACUUGGCAAUGGAUGCUUUUUCAUUUUGGCAUCACCUUGUCAACUGCUUUCUGGAUCUUACAUAUUUUCUUAACCUCUAAUUCUGCUAAACUUCAAUAAUUUCAGGCUCAACUGUAUCCAAUCUUUCCGCAUAACACAUUAAUUCCAAGAAUUAGUCAAGUGAACAUAUAUAGUCUGUAAAACUCUGUCAAAACUUAUAUAUUCAAUUCCCCUUGCAAUAAAUGCCAACAUUCCUUUUACCUUCCUAACCCCAUGCUGUGCCUACUUACUAACAUUUUUACAACUCAUGCAAAGGAUGUUCAGAUCACUCUCUGUAUCUUCAGGUACGAUUUCUAUUUAAAUAAUACACUGCUUUUGUAUUCUUCCUGGUAAAGUGGGCAAGUUCAUAUCUUCCCACAUUAUUCUCCAUCCAUCAGAUUUUUGUCCAUUUAUUUAAUCUACUGAUAUCCCUUGCUAGACUCCUUUUGAUUGAUAUACAACUUCAGUUCUAAAUCACAUUGAAAAUGUCUCUUUGGUUCACACUCAGAAUAUGUGUAGAAUUAAGUAAAAUGACAUUCUUAGCUUCUUUUUGCUCCAAAAUGUUUAGGGAAAGGAAUAAAAUCAUGUUGAAACUUCUCAGAGGCAACUUUGAUAGAGUGUGGGUUAUAGCUUUCUUAUUUACAAUAUUGCUUAAGGUGACUCAACCCACUAUCCAUUCUAUACAUAGUACAGAAAA